GAGAUUGUCUAUAGUAAAGAAAGAUCGCAAAAUUGUGACGACUGUGCAACGGGAGUAAAUUGAUUACAAAAAAUAGAAACAAGUGAUUUUUUUUUAAGUGUUUCGUAUAUUGUUUUUACUUUGCGUUAAGAUAUCGUCAUACAGUUAAGAAAAAAAUAAAAUACGUGAAAGUGCAUUGUAGCUCGGGCAUUAUGUGCACUGUGUUGAUAACGAAUGACAUCUGUUAACAAAAGGAAAACAGUAGCCAGACGACUUUCUUAGUCACAAUUCAGGAUGAGUUCGACGGAAACGAUCGAUGUGACGGCUCAGCCGAUAGCUGAGGUUGUCCACGAAAUGUUUAAGCCACUUCAGGAACCGGUGUUCCUACAAACACGCACAGCGCAGGUCAUCGCAGGAAUAUUUGUGUGGACAGCGCUCUUCAUUACUUGCCAACAGAUCUACCAGCAUCUACGCUGGUAUACAAACCCAUCUGAGCAGCGCUGGAUAGUCCGUAUACUGUUCAUCGUACCCAUCUACGGCUGCUACAGUUGGAUCUCGCUGCUCUUUUUCAAUGGAAACUCUUAUUAUGUCUACUUUUUCACUGUCAGGGAUUGCUAUGAAGCCUUCGUAAUCUACAGUUUCCUGUCACUUUGCUACGAGUAUCUCGGCGGCGAAGGGAACAUAAUGUCAGAGCUGCGAGGGCGGCCCGUCCGUGCCUCGUGUGUCAAUGGAACGUGUUGCCUCUCAGGCGCCACCUAUACCAUUGGAUUCCUGCGCUUCUGCAAACAGGCCACCUUACAGUUUUGCCUUAUCAAGCCCCUUUGUGCGUUCAUCAUCAUAUUCCUACAGGCUGCUGGAAAAUAUCACGACGGCGACUGGAGUAUUAGCGGAGGGUAUAUCUACAUAACAAUCGUGUACAACUUCUCCGUGAGCCUGGCGCUCUACGGGCUGUUCUUGUUCCUCGGCGCCACCAGAGAGAUGCUUAAACCCUUCGACCCAGUGCUCAAGUUCUUCACAGUCAAAUCCGUUAUCUUCCUCUCGUUUUGGCAAGGCGUAGCCCUUGCCAUUCUUGAGAAGGCAGAAGUGAUCUCGCCGAUAAUGGGCGAGAAUGAACAACCAACGUCAGCGGGUACCGUGUCCGCUGGUUACCAGAACUUCCUGAUCUGCAUCGAGAUGUUAGCAGCCGCGGUGGCGUUACGAUACGCUUUCCCGGCCGCUGCGUACGCACUCGCACGCCGCGACCCCCACCGCUCGGUCACCAUGCAGUCCAUCUCCAGUAGCCUCAAGGAGACGAUGAACCCCAAGGACAUAAUGACGGACGCGUUCCACAAUUUCCAUCCGCAGUACCAACAGUACACUCAAUACAGCUCUGUGAUGCGAGGUGGUGCAGGGACGGGGAAGCGCGGUGACGAGGGUGCAGCACUAGCGCCGCGACCGCUGCCUCAGCGGGUUGCCACCAUCAGCCAUGCCACCAACUACCACGAGAAAACUACACUACUCAGCUCCGAUGACGAAUUUCAAUGAAUACCACAGAUUAUAUAAAUACCCUUACGACAUAAUUUACAGUUUACAACAACAAAUAUCUUGAACAAAAUUAUAAACAAGUUCGCUGUGCAUGUCAGGUGUUAAAAAAAAUUUUCAAGUUAUUUGUUAGUAUCUAUGUGAGAUUAUUGGCAAUAUGUGAUUGUUGUGUCAGCCAUAGACCUCUUUUUUUCGCUGUUCACACAUAGGUAAGUAUAUUUUAGUAUUAAAAAAUACAACCUUUUUUGUUAUUUAUUAAUGAAAAUGUAUAAUAGAUAUAACAUAAUAACUUCACACAUAGGUAUCUAUGUGAAAAUAUAUUACAUUCGCAAUUUUAUAACCAGUUUGUAAGAAAUGGAUGUUAAAAACAGCUGUUGAUUAAUCAAAAGUUGUUCUCAGGAUAAAAUUAUGAAUAUAGAUAUGUACAGACGCCUAUUUAAUACAUUUCUAUCGAGUCUAUGAACAAAGCGAUUAACAUCCGAAUAAUAGCGGAAAGACAAGGCAAAGCUAAAAUACAUAUUUCACAAAUGAUUUUGAGACAACAAAAUGAUUGAAAUGAAAACUGAUUUUUUGUAACUAAAUUGUAAUUUGCCAGAGGCUGUUAAUUUGUAUCUUGCCAAAUUACGUAUAUAUAUAUAUUAUUUUCCUCGAAUUUGCGAGAAAAUAAUGAACUAAUUACAUUGCAAUUUGUACAUUUAAACGACGACAAGUAAAAUUAAUUUCAUAUCCUGAUUUAUAAAAUCUAUGGCUGUCUAAAAAUAAUAGAGUUAAAUCAGCACUUUGCCAAUUUGUCAUUCUGCAAUGUUAAAUAUUUUGUGGUUACCUAGUAAAUUAUUUGAUUCAUUGAACACGGUAACUUUGGCUUGAGGUUAAGGAUUGCAUCUAGUUCUGUAAAAUUAUAGAUAAGUAUAAUAAAUAAUACAACAAAAUGUAUAUAAAAAUAUAUAAUUAUUACCAAAAAAAACUAGGUUUAGAGAGUAAUAAAUUUAUGUGUAUAUUUAUCCAUUUAUUUAUUUUAUUAUAGCUAUUAUUACAAAAUUAAUUUUUGUUUUUAAUUAUUUGAAUUCAAGAGCAUUGUUCUUAAAAUAUAUAAAUAAAUGUCAAGUUUUAGUAAUAGAUGUUUCUAAUACAGAAUACAGGUACGAUUUUAAAAUGGAAGUUCCAUUUUUAUAUGUGUUUUUGGCUUUGUAAAUAAUAGAUCUAGAGGCAAAAAUAUGUUUCCAUUCAGCAUAAAAGCAUCACUGCCUUAUGCCAUAGAGCAGAUGUAAGUAUGUACAUCCCUAGUGCCUGUGUCUAUGUGUUACCAAAGAAAUUUAGGUUACUGCAUACAAAAUGCUUGAACUGAGAAACCAUCUCUGAAUAUUGUAUAUGGAAACUGUGCAUUCAUUGUAAUCUGCAUUAUUUUACUUUCUUAUCUCGGAAUUCGAUUUACUGUAAAUAAAAAUAAUACCUACUUUGUAUGUAUAAAUAAAUAUGAAAGCUGUGUAACUUAAAAAAAAUUUGAAGCAUUUUUUUCAUGAUGGCAUAUUUUAGGAAAAUUACCACAGAAUGCUAGACGAAUAUAAGUCAGUGAACCUGCCGUGUUAUUUUCUUGUUUGCAAUUAAUUGAUUGUAUUUUCUCUGUGAAUAAAUAGUUCAAUUUACUUCAUUAUAGUUAAAGCACUUCUAUUUAAAAAAGGAUUUACUAAUUUUAUUUUUAUUUUUUUGACUUCAUAUCAUGGUGUAUAUUAUAUAUAUAAAACGACGUAGGUGUGCCCAUGGCAAACAAUCGACAUCGGAAUAGUAAUCCUUGAGCCUGUAAACAAAGUAACAUUUUAUUAGUGAUGUUAGUAAUGAAAAAGUGUAAAAUGUAUGGGAAUUACUAUACUAUAUAGUUUACCAAGAACUAUUGAAUUAUUUAUAACAUUGAUUUAAUGUAAUCAUCAAUUAUCAUACAUCUUGCACUUUGCAAAUACCAUUGCAUAUAGAAUGUUACUUUAUCUUUAGACACGUAGUACAUAACGUCAUAGUCAUAUAAUAUUUGUCAGGUCCGUCAGUAUUCUACGACUAUAACGAUAUCUUCGAUCAACAAUGUCGUCUAGGUAAAGCCUCCCGAAGUGAAAUCGUACUACCAUAUUCAUAAUACGUAAUUAUUAUAACUACGAUAAAUGACGCCUCAUAAAUUAAAAUAGAACACAAUUGUCAACAAUAGACAUCGUCUAACUGAACAUUCGCUAUAAAAGAAAUUCAAAAUUUUAAUUCGAUUUAUAAUUCGAAUUUGAAUUGCAAAUUACAGUAGUAAAAAUUAUUAAAAAUAAGAGCUCUCUGUAUAAUUGAGGCGUUUUAUUAACUGUUGUUUCUUAGAUUUGGCCUUUAUCUAGUUGGUAUUAUUAAUCGGAGAGUAUUAUAUUAAUUUUUGUCACAGUUUUCUGCAGUCUCCGCUUCGCCGUCCAGUGCGUAUGGUACACUCAUUAUGUAGUCACUGUCUAUGUUAUUUUAAUAUCAGAGUAAGUAUUUAUUAUAUACGAAUUGCCUUGAAUUUUAAUUUGUCUGUAAUAAACUUUUUUGUCAUGUUCAUAGAUUUAUGCACAUACUAAAUGAGAACUACCUACAUAAAAUCAAAUUCUUUCCGUUUCAAAUUAUGGUUGAAAAUGUUUUGUGAAAUUUGCUAACUUAUCAUUAAUCAAAUAAUGUAACGUAGAACUAAUAAUGGCAUUAUAAUUUUUAUGUUUAUUUAUACCUAGUUUAUUUAUUAUGUCUGUUAUCUGUUUACUUGUUACGAUUUAUCUGGAAAUUAGGUAUAUGGGUGUUUAUUAUGUACUUACCUACUUGGUAAAAAUCUAUAAUUAUUUUAUAUAAAUGAUAAUAACUACCUAUAUGUGUCUAGUAUAUUAAGAUUACGACGCACUGUUCCAUGCCCUUUUUCAUUCCAAAUUGGUCGUGUCCCUAUUUCAAAAGUAUGUCAAUUUUUAAAAUCCGUCUAACGCUACUGCUGGUAAACACCGUUAACAUACCUAAUUAAGAUGUUAAAUGUUUUACGUUGAAUCUGAAUACGCUUGUCGACAUAUUAGUUGACAUACACAUACAUUCAAUGUCAGUCGAUUGUAGUUUAGAAAAAGUAAUAUUAUUAUGUAUAUAUGUUUUUUUAUGCAACUUAAAAUGGCAAACAAGCUGGCGGCCCACCUGAUGGAAAGUGGCAACCGUCACCUAUAGACAGUACUAUGGAUAUAACUGUUUCGCCCAUGCGUUGCCAUUCCUGAGGGCUAAGAUGCAUAUGUAGGUGUAGAUACCUACUUAUCUACAUAAUUUGUAAUUUGUACAUAGGGACAUCAGAAUUACAAAUAAUAUAUUUUUGUAGUUCUCUGCCAGAAAAGCAUUUUUUUUAUAAUUAUUAUGAAUGCUUUAUUCGUUGUUAGAUACCUAUUCCAUUUACGCAGUGCGUGGGCACACAUGUUUCAGUUAAGCCUAACUUUAUGAAAUACUAAAUGUUCUAACUAAGAUUCAAAUUUAGAUUAUGUCAUAUUUACUUUUUUAAUAAUAUUACUUGUUGUAUGUAUGUACGUAGGUUUUUACAUUAUUUGUUUAAAAGUAGAACGUAGUUGUCAUUGUUUCAUUUAUUAUGUUAUACUUUUUGUCAAUUAUGAAUCUCAAAGCCGGGGCCAAACUAAUGGAGCGGUUUAGAAAAUUUGAUAGUUAAUAAACUAUGUAAAACGAUAAUGUGUCAACUCCGGUAGGUAAUCGUAAAUAGUUAUAGUCGGCAAAGAUGAAAAACAUUUUGAAAUGCUUAAAAAUGAGAUAAAUUUGUCGUUAGUUAUAAAAAGUUUGGCAGUAAAUUAUUUUAUAAUUUAGUAUGUAUAUUAAAACUGAAAUUUCAUAUUGAAUGUUAUUAGAUUCUUAUCAAUAUUGAUCGCUGAGAGUAAGGUACCAGUAGUACUACAAUAUUUGAACGUAGAUAGGUUUGUCUUUAUCUGUCAGUUAAAAUUUCUGAAAUCUGGAAAGCAACGUCCAAAAAGGAGGUUAUCUUAUAAAUUUUAAUCGUGUGCUGUGUAAUAUUUUUUUGGAUUGCAAGCUAAGCAGUUCUCUUGCAGCUGUAAUCGUUUGUCUUGGUAUGGUCAUGUGAUGAGUAUAGAUGAGGAGAAUGUUUCCAAGUAUAACUGUAGAUGUGAAUGGUUAUAAUAGUAGAGGCAGAUAUAAAAAAGGUGCAUGGAUUGUAUGAAAAUUAUAUAGCUAUAAAAGAAGUAAAUACCAGAAUGACUGCAAAGAAUGGAAGAAGAACGUAACGUCAACCCCAAAUGAUAUGAGAUAAGAACAAGAAGAUGAUAUACUUUCAAACCUACAUAUUGUCAGUUGAGUCAUUGGCUAAAUUAGUUUAAUUGAAGUAUUGAAGAAAAUAAUACUUCAUUGAUUUCUUACCUCCAAUUAAAAAAAAUGUCGAAAUCGUUUUAAAAUUAACGAAGAUGUCCCAUAAUGUACAGACAAAUCGAGAACAAAUUUUUGAAGUCGGUUUGAAAAUGUACUUACAUAUCUAUUAUACAAUAUACAACACAAUUAGUGACAAGCUGUAAUGAGUCUGAAUGUAUGUAAUACCUGCUGAAGUCAUGAGUUAUUAGAGCAAACAUACAAAAAUUUAAGCUCUCUUAAUUUAUUACUCAUGAACGCAGUUUCGUUUUGCCUCGGCUUUACAUUUGUGAAUAUACCUAUAGAUAAUUUGCUACAGAUGUAAACACGAUAUACUUAGGUACAAAUGGUCGAAUAUACCGAUCGUUUUUCCUAUCAUAAAGAUAAAUAAAAAUUUUAAUCAAAUCAAGUAAUAACUAAGUCACUUUACUGUAAUUUAGAAUUAAUAAAUAUUUCUUUGAUUCUUUCAAUUAUAAAUAAAAUUAUUUUUGUAACUGAAAUACUUAGUGGAAAAAUGCAGUAAUAGAGCAGUUUUGUCUGGAUCAUUGUUGAAAAAGAGUAUGAUAUAAAAAACGUUAGAUAUUAAUUAAAAUAUUUUAGCUCCAAGUUUUUAAGUACUACAUACGAAAUACAUAUUGAUAUAAUUAA